AGGUCAUACAUCUAGACUUCAAGAAAAUGGAAGUACUUUGUAGUACAUCUAUAGCGUUGGCCAGGAUAUAUAAAAAGGUAUUUGAGGGAACGACUGCUACUUUAACCAGAUAUAGCCCAUAAUGUCUACUAUUCGACAGUUGCUCGAUUCUCAGUCUCGUGCACUUAUGGCAGCUGGUGCCGUGGUGGUAGCUGCAGCGGCGCUAUGGAUUACCAGUGACUACAGGGACUGGAUUACCUUUGGCACUGGAGGUACCCCCUCAAACCCAAAGGGUUACCUCAAGAUGAGAAAAUUCUGGUUCAAGAGACUUUUCAUCAACAACGAUGAUCUUACAGACGGUUCAUCCUUGCCUGAUGAAGGGCCCUCUUAUCUUCCAGGAUAUGUAACCCCUAGGAGAGGUGGUCGACCUGAAAGGAUGCCCAGGACUCUUCCCCACAGACAAAAACCGGAAGCUAUCGAUGCCAAAUCCAAAAAGGUUCUCCAUCAUCUCGGGUCGAAGCUGCAGUCCGAGCAUCCUGACAUCCUAAACCUCGCACCUUCCAAGACCGAAGGCGGCACCGGCGACGCCAUCUACGCCAAAGAAGACCUCCCCACACUCAACCCCAAGGCUAAGCAAGUUGCCUAUGAGAUCGCCCACGUGCACCCCGCGGACAAUUCUUUGCAUGUUCAUUUGUCUCCUCGUGAUGCAAAGAUGUUGAUCGAAAAGUCUUGGGCUGAACGAUUUCCGGUACACGAGCUGGGUCCUCCCCAGUGGGUCAUGGUGUACGCUCCUCGUAAUAAAGAGGAGGUUGAUCUUGUGGAAAAAAUUAUGAAGGCCGCUGUUGGUUGGGUGACUGGAGUGACUAUUUAGAUAUAUUAGAUGUGCGAUGUUUGAAGUGUAAUAUUCAGCUGUUUAGGAAUCAAGUCGCACGCUUAGAGAUGACUGAGGACGAUGAUGAUAACGGCAAAAGGUCGAUAUAGAGUGGAGAAAAGACGAUUUAUAACUGUAUCCUCUAUCUACAUUACACAAUUGGAAGGUAAACUGGACCCGAGCGGUACAUUUCAGACUGUUGGCAAUCUAU